AUGGAAAUUUUCAUUUAUUUAAAUAUGUAUCAAACAGUUGUACACACUAAGCCGAUAGAAACAUAUGCAAAAGAUGAUGUGAACUUUUCAAAACCAUGUCCUGAAGAAAACUACAGAUAUCAUAACGCUACUGGAUAUUUUAUGUGCACUGUUGAAACAGCCAAAAAAUGCAUUGACUUAUGUCAACAAACAGGAUGCAAUGAUUUAUAUUUUAUGAGUGUGAUCCCUUCGAAAAAUGAUAAAAUCAAACGAAACUAUCGUUGUCGCUGUUUCCAGGAUUAUCACGUCUGCUUUUAUAAUCCAUUGCCAAGAUAUCAUAACAUUAAUUAG